AUGGACUUCUCUAACAUCUUUCGUCUCGUUAACAUUGCGGUGGGUGUGAUCAUGGUGCUGGGUGGCAUUAGCCAGUUCUUCCCAGCCUCCAUGAGCUCUAUCAUCGUCGGCGCCUAUGUGAUUCUCUUCGGUCUUAUUGUCGCCGGUCUGGAGUUUGUGCCCAAUGUGCCCGACUAUGCUUACCGUUACGCCUCAUUCCUGUUCUCUUUCCUCGGCCGUGGUGUCUUCUACAUCUUUAUCGGCUCCAUCCUGCUGCACGACAUGGUUCUGCGCAUUAUUUCCGGCUCUCUCAUUGGUUUUAUCGGUGUUGGCUACCUCGUUCUGGAGUUCAUUCCCUCCAUCGAGCCUCCUUCGAACAUGCGCGAGUCGGAUCAGGGCUGGGGUGCUGAGCAGGUCUAA